ACGUUUGAUAUCAGUCGUGGAAUGUUCAGGCACCCUGCCUGGUGGUCGAACCAGAGGACGAACAUAAUCUCGCCCGCAAAUCUGUGUUCAGAAGAUAUCUUUGAAGUUUUCUGUCGGAACAGUGUCCCUCCGGCUUUUGUCUCUUUCUUUCGUUGAUGUGAUAACCCUAGGUUUCCUCAUUCGUUGACCUGAACAGAUCUGCGUGGUUAUUGUAACAUUGUUUUUGCCGUUUCUUGAACUUCUUGAACAUGGCGACAUCAUUGCAUUGCGCUGGCGUUAAGACUCCCUGUGCGGGACUCAAAAGGAUCUCCUCGCAUUUCUUGUCUGUCCCAUCAUAUCGCCUUAAAUCUACGACUUCCGUAGCUUCGACUUCGGAGCUUUUAUGUACUACGUUUGAAGGUGCUUGUAGAAGGAAUGUUUUGAAAGUCAGUUGCGACGCAGGUUUAGCAACUUUGGUUGACAAGGAGUACACCACGAAACCCACUUCUGAUCUGAAUGCCGGGCAGCUGACAUGCGUCAUGAAGUUUGGUGGCUCUUCGGUGGCCUCCGCUGUAAGAAUGAAGGAGGUUGCCGAACUUAUUCUCAGCUUUCCCGGAGAAAGGCCUGUCAUUGUUCUCUCCUCAAUGGGAAAGACAACGAACAAACUUCUACUGGCCGGUGAAAAGGCUGUUAGUUGCGGUGUCUCAAAUGUCUCUGAAAUUGAUGAAUUGAGCUUUAUAAAAGAACUUCAUCUUAGAACGGUUGAUGAGCUUGGACUGGAUAGAUCUACUAUUUCUGAUCACCUUGAAGAAAUGGAGCAACUUCUGAAGGGAAUUGCUAUGAUGAAAGAGCUAACUCCCCGGACAAAGGACUAUUUAGUUUCAUUUGGAGAGUGCAUGUCCACCAGGAUUUUUGCUGCAUAUUUAAAUAAAAUUGGUGCUAAAUCCCGUCAAUAUGAUGCAUUUGAUAUUGGUUUUAUAACGACAGACGACUUCACAAAUGCGGAUAUCUUGGAAGCAACUUAUCCAACUGUUGCAAAGAGGUUACAUGAUGAUUGGAUUAGUGAUCCUGCUAUUCCUGUUGUUACUGGUUUCCUGGGAAAGGGAUGGAAAUCUUGUGCUGUGACUACCUUAGGUAGGGGAGGAAGUGAUCUGACUGCCACAACCAUUGGUAAAGCCUUGGGCUUGCGUGAGAUUCAGGUGUGGAAGGAUGUGGACGGUGUUUUGACUUGUGAUCCCAAUAUUUAUUCACAUGCAGAGCCUGUGCCAUAUUUGACUUUUGAUGAGGCGGCUGAACUUGCAUAUUUUGGGGCUCAGGUCUUGCAUCCUCAAUCGAUGAGACCAGCUAGGGAGGGUGAUGUACCAGUUAGGGUCAAAAAUUCUUACAACCCUCAAGCUCCAGGUACCCUUAUCACUAAAUCAAGGGAUAUGAGUAAGGCUGUACUUACUAGCAUAGUGUUGAAACAGAAUGUCACCAUGUUGGAUAUAGUUAGCACCCGCAUGCUUGGCCAAUUUGGUUUUCUUGCAAAGGUCUUCUCUAUCUUUGAAGAUUUGGGAAUAUCUGUUGAUGUUGUUGCUACUAGUGAAGUCAGUAUCUCUUUGACAUUGGAUCCAUCGAAGCUUUGGAGCAGGGAACUAAUUCAGCAGGCAAGCGAGCUUGACCAUGUAGUGGAAGAACUUGAAAAAAUUGCUGUAGUGCAUCUCCUUCAACACAGAUCAAUCAUAUCUCUCAUCGGGAAUGUCCAAAGGUCUUCGUUGAUACUAGAGAAGGCAUUUCAUGUUCUAAGAGUCAAUGGAGUCAACGUCCAAAUGAUCUCUCAAGGGGCAUCUAAGGUAAACAUUUCAUUAAUAGUAAAUGACAGUGAAGCAGAACAAUGUGUCAGGGCUCUUCACCAGACAUUUUUUGAGGAAGGCAUUCUCUCUGAAUGAGAUUCAGGAAGUAGAUCCACGAAGGGUAAUGCUUCUGCCGUGCCAUUGUUGGAUUGAUAUUCUUCAUCAUUUUUUAUUUUCUAUUCGAUCUAUCUAUGCACGUAGAACUAAAUUAUCUUGCCUAUUCCAAUUUUCUUUUUUUACUUUAGUGAGAGAGUAAUCAAAAUAUUGGGCGGUGUAAAAUUUUAUUGGUUUAGGGGAUUGAUAUCAUAUUUUGUAUACUAGUUGUUGAUUCUCUGAUAAUAGAUCCAUUAUACAACAAAUAUUGUAACAGAU